GCGCCUCUGGAAAUGCAAAGACCGGAUGGAGUUGCAAGUGGUCGGCGCUCUAGUGGCUUUCCCACUUUAUGUACCUCUCCGCGUCUUCCUGCCCCGGUAGCCAACCCCCACUGCUAGAUUGGGUCUUCUCUUCCAGAGAAAGCGCUGAAGCGCCCCCGUGGCAGGGUGGGGGCUGGGUGGAGGACCAGCGGGGGAUGGGUGAGAAGCCAGGAGCAGAAAAAGAAGGGAGGAGGGGGGGGCGGAGCUGGAGGCAGAGGGAACAGCAGAUUGUGCAGAGCCAAUGAGAGCAGCAGGACGAGGUGGUACCAAAUUCCCAUCGGCCAAUGACUAGCCAGAGUUUACGAAGGCCUCAUUAGCAUCGCCCCCCUCCGCUUGGCUAGGGAUGGGACAAUGCGGUGUUGGUGUCUGCAGUAUUCUGACUCCUGGACACCGGUGGCUGCAAGCUGCGAUUUUGGCGUCCUCUCAUUUUCUAUCCUUAUCUCCGCCCGCGGCUGCCCUGGCCAGCCAGUUUUUGAUUUUUUAUCUGGUCAUUGAUCAAUAUAACGAACCUAAGGAUAUACAGGACAUUAAUACCCCACUGCCAGCUCUGGCCCAGAGCUUGUACCGCGCAGCGGGCUGCAGAAACUUAGUCAUAGCACCCUUUGUCGCUGAGGUCUGAAGCUCGCUGCACGUUCUCAUCCCUGGGAACGUGACCCCAGCAUCCGACGCCAAGAUGCCGGCCCACAUACUGCAAGAGAUCUCUGGCGCUUACUCAGCCACCACCACAAUCACAGCGCCACCUUCUGGGGGACAGCAGAAUGGAGGCGAGAAGUUUGAAAAGAGUUCUCACCACUGGGGAGCAGAUGUUCGCCCUGAACUAAAAGAUGAUCUAUAUGACCCCACCUAUCAGGAUGAUGAGGGGCCCCCGCCCAAGCUGGAGUACGUCUGGAGGAACAUCAUUCUCAUGGCCCUGCUGCAUUUGGGAGCCUUGUACGGGAUCACACUGGUUCCCUCCUGCAAGCUCUACACCUGUCUCUUCGCGUAUUUGUACUAUGUAAUCAGCGCCCUGGGCAUCACAGCCGGGGCUCAUCGCCUGUGGAGCCACAGAACAUACAAGGCACGGCUGCCCCUGAGGCUCUUCCUCAUCAUUGCCAACACCAUGGCGUUCCAGAAUGACGUGUAUGAAUGGGCCCGAGAUCACCGCGCCCACCACAAGUUCUCAGAAACACACGCCGACCCUCACAAUUCCCGCCGUGGCUUCUUUUUCUCUCACGUGGGUUGGCUGCUUGUGCGCAAACACCCGGCUGUCAAAGAGAAGGGCGGAAAACUGGACAUGUCUGACCUGAAAGCCGAGAAGCUGGUGAUGUUCCAGAGGAGGUACUACAAGCCCGGCCUCCUGCUGAUGUGCUUCGUCCUGCCCACGCUGGUGCCCUGGUACUGCUGGGGCGAGACUUUUGUAAACAGCCUGUGCGUUAGCACCUUCUUGCGAUACGCCGUGGUGCUCAACGCCACCUGGCUGGUGAACAGUGCCGCCCACCUCUACGGAUAUCGCCCCUACGACAAGAACAUUAGCUCUCGGGAGAACAUCUUGGUUUCCAUGGGAGCUGUGGGCGAGGGCUUCCACAACUACCACCACGCCUUCCCCUACGACUACUCUGCCAGUGAGUACCGCUGGCACAUCAACUUCACCACGUUCUUCAUCGAUUGCAUGGCUCUCCUGGGCCUGGCUUACGACCGGAAGAGAGUGUCCAGGGCUGCUGUCUUGGCCAGGAUUAAGAGAACUGGAGACGGAAGCUGCAAGAGCGGCUGAGUGUGGGGUCUUGCAGUUCCUGUUCCAGAAGCCAGCUUGGCAGAGGCUUACUGUUCUGUUAAUUAACUACUGAGUAUUGCCACCCAGAUGCUAAAAUGAUGACUGACGUUAACCCAUUCUGGUACAGUAUUGUAAAACGGACAAAAAUCGGAAGUCGACAGCUCUUCCUUCUAUGCUAAGCUCAUCUUCCCUUCUAGUUUCUUUUCCCGUUGUCUUUUUCUUUGCUUUGUCCCUGAUGACCUCGUUUCUCAUUGCUUCUCCCAAGCCAGCCGCCGCUCAGCUAUAGGUCAGUGUUCACCUUCCAGAGUACACCAACUUCUCAAGGGUCUACAGUAAAGGUUCGUGCCCCACCCCCAACUCUUCUUAAGCUGCUCUGAGUUAGAAAUACAAGAAAAAUCUUGAGAGAUUUCUCCUGUUAUUUUUAGCCCAGGCUUUGCCAGAUGGAAUGAAAAAGAAAAUAGUUUUUAUUUGGCAGGGAGCCUAUAAAAGAGGUAAAUCUUAAGGGGCCAAGUUCAACACGCAGGCUAUGAUUCAUCAAAGCCGUGGGAGAGGGGGAUCUCUUAUGAACAGGCUCAGCUCCGUCUGGCAGAGCUACCGCAGCCUUUCAACAUAGCGCGCCUCCUCUCCUAAUUCUUAGUAGGUGGCAACUGAGGAACUUCGUGACACUAAAAUACAGUAACACAUCAGUAUCUCAGUGUAGUUUAGGCUGAAGAUUUAAAAAAUAUAUAUAUAUAUAUAUACUAGUAAAGUGAAAAACAAUUUGUAGGAAAAGUGGUCUUUAAUAAGGAUUUUCUUUUCCUUUAAUGACAAGGACCCGGGGCCAGGUGUGGUGGCUUGCAUCUUAAAUUGCAGGACUGGAGAGGCAGAGGCAGGUGGAUCUCUGAGUUCAAAGCCAGCCAGGGCUAGAUAGUGAGACCUUGUCUCAAAUUAAAAAAAACAACAGUUAGCAGGACAUGCAGAGCAAGGGACCCUCGAGUGAGGCAUGUUUGGAAUCCGUAGGGCAGUCGCUCAUGGUUUCGAGCGUCCCGUGAGCUGCACCCCCAGGGUCUUUUUAAUUCCUGUUCUUCCAUCUUUAAGAUGAUGGUCGUGCCCACAAAUUGAGGAUAGCUGUGGCGUUUCCAUACAUCUAACAGUGGAAGGAUUUCAAGAGUUGAACUUGAGUCACAGUUAAAACUGAAAAGUCGUAAAGUCUGUCCUGGAUCCUUACAAACACUCCGUGAGUGCUUCCCUCAGAAGACGAUGCUGCGCGCCUUCUCCCUCCCACUGUCGGGCAGUGGACGGGCACGUUGGAAGUCGCUGUGGGCGCCUCCUAAUGACUUCUCAAAGGAAAGCUUCUGAGGGCCCCUUACCAGGGGACUUCACGGCUUUGGGGUGUUCUAGUGGAGCAGGUUAGGUUUUUUUUAGCCCCUUUCAGUCCCGCUGCUGUUUGUGGCAAGGCAGUACUGACUCAUGCCUCACUAGCUCUGUGACCAGGUAGGACUCUGCCUGGGAUACAUGGUUGAAAUCUCUCAGCUCUACCACACCUGCCUCUUUUCCCCUACCCAUUUUUUGUGUUUUGGGGUGGGUUUUUUUGUUGUAUUUCUUUUUUCCUCUUUGACAUUUAGUCUUGGUCUAGGCAGAAAUGUCCUGGAUAUUUCCAGGCAGUAAAGAUGUGUGGUCCUGGCACCUUCCUCACUCAGAGAUACAACCUCUAUCUGCAGUAGGUAGAGACGGCUAUCCUUUUCUGGUGGGUUUCAGAUUCUCCACCUCUUAUCCCUCCCAGGCUUCUGACACUCUCUUCAGCUCUAAAGAAAAAGUUUGGCCAACUUUCUAGAAACAUCCCUGGCUCAGAGAGACUCUUUGUCAGUCAUUCCAAAACAAAUGGUUUGGUGGCACACAUGCCGGCGAGUCAGGGCGGACAGAGCAUGCACCGUGCUCCCGGCACUUGGCAAAGCUUCGGCAAAGCUUCGCGGGCUAAUCAGCCCUCCUGGGUGAUGCUGUGGUUAAGUGGGAAGCACAGCACUCGAGGUUGUGUUCUUAAGUGCCUCUGUUUGAAAGCUUUGGGUAGGGUAGGAGAGCUGAGAUGCCAUGAAUUUCACAGAAAGGCUCUCGUGCAGCAGUGCAGAAGCCUGGCCGCGUCGGCUGUACAGCAUACCAGGUGCUGUGCUUCGAGGGGACAGUCUUCCUGGGCUAGUUGAAUAGAGAGAGGCUUUAGGGCCUUCCUGUGCCCACUUGAAAGUAGCCUUACCCUUCAGCUGUUUGCUAAAAGAGAAUUCUUGGGCGAAUCCAAGGUAUUUGCUGAGCUGUGGCCCUAUUCUAUUCCUUGGAUAUGCCUUUUGAGUGAUUUCAGUUCCGCUGGUUAUGGUGCCCACUUAAACAAAUGUGAAAAAUAAAAGCAGCUCUCUUCUUAGCCUGCCCCGUGGAUCUGAACCAUGCUGUGGCUAAGGACCCCGUAAAAUAACAUCUGUCGUUAAGGGUGUACCAGCUCACUAAGAAACACUGCUAUCAAGAUUUUUAAAGCUCAAACCAAGUGACACUUUUAAUAAGAGACUAAGAUCUGAUUGAGGGAGUUUUCUAACAGUCCUUGCCUCGUGGACACGCUAAAGUUUGACUUGGGUGCCUUACCUCUUUUCUAACCAGUGUUGCUCGUGAGCCUGUGGCGCUCGCUUGCUCGCUCGCUCGCUCGCUCCGUGGAUUCCUUAAAACCAGAGAGCCUGUAAGUGUGGCAAGAUCAAAACUGGCCUGGCUGGAGGGUUAGCUGGACAUGGAUCUGCAGGAUUGCCUCUGGGGACCUCGUUUUGGGAACUUUUCUUGGGGCUGUUUUGCUCAAGUGCCCGUAGCUGAUGGAUGGGUGAAGUAAUUUUGAACGUACGCGAUUUGUAGGUUUUGUUAUUUGUUUUAAGAUUUAAAAGCUGGUUAUAGGAUUUUAAGUGAAAGCUUUUCUUCCUGGUUUGCUAGUGUUCUUGAGUGUCUUCUUUAGUUGAAAUAGGUUAGUAGGAAAUUUAAGAAAGUGGUGGCCGUGUUACACUGGUGGUGAAGGCCAGGGCCGCCUACCAACUCUCAGUUUUUUGUAACAGUCCCACUCUGACGAUAAUGAGUUCACUCCUUGGAUAAGGAUGUUAAUGAGGGAAGAGCCUUCCCGACCUGACCUAAUCAGCUCUUACUGGACCCAGCUGUCAACACUGUUGCAUUGGGGAUUUAAGUUUCCAACCCAUGACUUAUGGGACAGAUUCAAACCGUAGCACUGGGCAUUUCGCCUAACAAUACUGUGACUCAGUAUUCUGUGAAACUGGGAUAAUAUUCCUGACCUACCUCCACGGGUAGGUGUGAGCAUGAGAAAAUGCUCUUUAUAAAACAUUUGGGGAUCCUCUGCAGAGGAGUAUUUAAGUCCUGCACAUUUUUGUAGUAACUGUCCAUCGUGGACUUGACAUGUGCCUAUGUCCCAGAUGACGUUGUUAAUCUACAUCAUUCUCAGAGGUUGAAUGGAUGCGUCAGAUAAUGUAUACUCACUGCUAUGAAAACAUGCAGGACUCCGUUUCCUUCCUUGGGUGGGAUUUUUCCUUUAUUAUGUGCAACUGUAGUUAUUUGUAAUCUAAUAAUUUUCAUUAAUACCAACUCCGAAAGUAUUUCUACUCAUCUGAGGUUGUGUUUGUUCAUAAUAAAAUGAAAUGAUCUGACUGCAAAA